GGAAGGUGGUGGCCCUCGGGAAGAGGAACCGCUUGCGUUUUUGCGGCCUGGGAACCCUGCUGGCAAGUGCGAGGAGCCAGGACCACAGAUGGGGCCUGAAGGGCGAGGGGCUCCGCUUAACCUGGAGAAGGGUCGGCGAGAUCCGGAAGGGGACACCUGGGUCCGGGAGAGGGUCUAGGAGAGGCCGAGGCUCCCCGGACAGUGGAAGAGUGUCCGAGCCGAUAGAAGGCUGGAGGACGACGGGAAGGGCGACCCCGGAGAUCUGAUGGGGUGGAGGUCGGCGGGCUGUCAAGCAUAGAGCUGUCAGGACCCGGCAGGCUCGUAGCCAGGGAGACCGGGACUCAGGCUUGGGAGGGGGAAGGAUCCGAAAAGGAUUUCUGGUAGGUCCUAUUUUAGGACGAGAUGCAAUAUUGUUGAAACGCCAAUCUGCUUUGGUUCAGGCAGUUGGCUUUUCAGCUGAGAAGCCAUUUCUUCUUCCUCUUUUUAAAAUUUUUUUGCUGACUUACUGAACUUAUGAAACCAUGGCGGAAGGAGAGACACAGUCACCUGGGCCCAAAAAGUGUGGUCCCUAUAUCUCAUCUGUCACUAGCCGAAGUGUGAACUUGAUGAUUCGAGGAGUAGUGCUGUUUUUUAUUGGAGUAUUUCUUGCAUUAGUGUUAAAUUUACUUCAGAUUCAGAGAAAUGUGACGCUUUUUCCACCUGAUGUGAUUGCAAGCAUCUUUUCUUCAGCAUGGUGGGUACCGCCGUGCUGUGGCACAGCUUCAGCUGUGAUUGGGUUAUUAUACCCCUGCAUUGACAGGCAUCUAGGAGAACCACAUAAAUUUAAAAGAGAGUGGUCCAGUGUAAUGCGGUGUGUAGCCGUCUUUGUUGGUAUAAAUCAUGCCAGCGCUAAAGUGGAUUUUGAUAACAACAUACAGUUGUCUCUCACACUGGCUGCACUAUCCAUUGGACUGUGGUGGACUUUUGAUAGAUCUAGAAGUGGUUUUGGCCUCGGAAUAGGAAUUGCUUUCUUGGCAACUUUGGUCACUCAACUGCUAGUCUAUAACGGUGUUUAUCAAUAUACAUCUCCAGAUUUCCUCUAUGUUCGCUCUUGGUUACCGUGUAUAUUUUUUGCCGGAGGCAUAACAAUGGGAAACAUCGGUCGACAGCUGGCAAUGUAUGAAUGUAAAGUUAUCGCAGAAAAAUCUCAUCAAGAAUGAAGAAGGCAAAAACAUAUCUUUUGUACAGAAAAACAAGAUGAAAAGGGCGCGUAAAUGAUAGCUAUACCAACAAAACCUUGGACUAUAAAAUUGCCAGGAUGCAGUUUUCCCCUUAAUUGGUGUGUGUAUAUAUAUAUACACACAUAUACAUAUAUAUACACACAUACAUAUGUUACUGCAAUCUGUGAUUGCUUCAUCUGUAAAUCAAGUACAAACCUUUAUGUAUUUGACUUAAAUAACUGUAAAAUAUGUAUGCACUACAUCAAAAAACAUGUUGAUUAAUAGAUGAAAUUUUUAAAUUAAUUUUUUAGACAUACCAUAUAUUGUAUCACAAUGUUGAUGUGCCAAAAUAUUCAGUUAUCGUCAUGCAGAGUAUAAGAAUGCUUUGAACAAUUUAUAAACUUACUGAAAUAAAAUAUGAGGAAAGCCAAAAAAAAAAAAAAAA